CAUGCGUGCAAGAUCUAAUAAGCUUUUUGAACUCCCUGCUGCACAGAUUCUGAAGAAAACAUGGCUGCUUAAUUGGUGGGUGGAGCUCUUCUCUCUGCUACCCUUCAGGUGUUGUUUGAUAGGCUGGCUUCUCGUGAGGUGGUGGACUGUUUUCGAGGAAACAAACUUAGUGAUGAGCUCAUAAACAGUUUGAAGAUUGUGCUAUUAGCUAUUAAUGCUGUUCUUGAUGAUGCAGAGGAGAAGCAAAUCACAAACCCAAACAUCAAGCAGUGGCUGGAUGAGCUUGAAGCUGCUUCCUAUGAAGCAGACGAUCUCUUGGAUGAGAUUGCAACUCAUGCUUUGCAAUCCAAGUUGGAAGCUUCAGGUUCAAGAAAUUCCAAAAGAAGUAAGUUCUUCAACUCCUUUUCCAUUUCUCGUAGAUCAUAUAAUCGAGAUAUGAAGAACAAACUGGAGAAGAUUCUUAGAAGGUUUAAAGUUUUUGAAAAAAGCAUAAAUAUCCUUGGUCUUACUAAUAAAGGUGUCGGUGAAAAACCAUCACCAACACCACCAACAAUAUCUUUGAUAGAAGAAUCAGAGUUCUAUGGUAGAGAUGGGGAUAAGGAAGCCACAAUUAAGUUGUUACUUAAAGAUGAUGAUAAGGGUAGCAAUAAGGUGUCUGUAAUUCCAAUAGUAGGCAUGGAUGGUAUUGGCAAAACCACCCUUGCUCAAUCAGUAUACAACAAUCACAAAGUUCAGAAUCACUUUAACCUCGAGUCAUGGGUUUUUGUUUCUGAGGAGUUUGACAUUUUCAGGGUAACAGGAAUAGUCCUUUCUGCAGUGCCUAAGUCUCAUUCUCUUCCUUACGAUAAGAGAAAUUUGGAUUCGCUUCAAACUGAGUUGAAAGAGAGGCUAAUGGGAAAGAAAUUCUUAAUUGUUUUAGACGACGUGUGGAAUGAGGAUUAUGUUGAUUGGAAAAACAUUAGUAAGCCUUUCAAAUAUGGGGCUCGAGGAAGUAAGAUUAUUGUAACAACACGCACUGAAAAGGUUGCGAAGAUCAUGAGCACCAUUCCAACUCAUUAUCAGCUUAAGCAAUUGAAAGAUGAAGAUUGUUGGCGACUGUUUAAAAAGCAUGCUUUUGACAAUAUUAGAGAUGAUUCUAGUGUACGUAAAGUCCUGGAAACAAUUGGUAAACAAAUUAUUCAGAAAUGCAAUGGCUUGCCCUUAGCGGUAAAAACACCUGGAGGCCUUUUGCGCUCUAAAGAAGAUGUUAGUGAAUGGGAAAGAAUAUUAAAGAGUGACAUUUGGGAUUUCUCAUAUAAAGAGAGCAAAAUUCUACCAGCUUUGAUGCUAAGUUAUCACUACCUUCCCUCACAACUAAAAUGAUGUUUUGCUUUUUGUUCAUUAUUCCCCAAGGGCGACAAAUUUGCAAAAGGCAGAGUGAUCUUAUUUUGGAUGGCAGAAAAUCUGUUGCAGUAAUCAAAAAUAAAUAAGAGAAUGGAAGAUGUAGGUGAUGAAUAUUCCAAUGAGUUAGUUUCAACAUCAUUUUUCCAAAGAUCUAGUGGACAAGAAUUAUUUGGCAUGCAUGAUCUUGUUCAUGAUUUAGCCAAAUAUGUAUCCAAGGGACAUUGUAUUAUAUUACAAGAUGACAGCUCAAAAGAUGCCAUUGCGAAUGUGCAUCAUGCUUCUGUUAGAUAUUUGGAUUCGCCAAUGAGAUAUGAUUCUAUUAUUACUGAAGCAACCCAUUUGCGUACCAUUUUCCCACUAUUUUCGACUUCAUAUAGAUACUUAUCUAAUGAAGUAGUGAAUCUUGUAAUAUUAAACUUGAGGUAUUUAAGAGUAUUAUCAUUUCAUGGUUGUGUAACUAUGAAGGAAUUGUCUGAAUCAAUUGGUGAGCUAAAGCAUCUUCGCUUCCUUAGGCUCAGCCACACUAGAAUUGAAAGACUGCCAAAAUCUGUGAGUAAGUUGUAUAAUUUACAAGUAUUAAAUUUACUUGGGUGUUCCUAUCUCAUUGAAUUGCCUGAAAAUAUGCAUCAUCUUAUUAACUUAUGAUAUCUUGACAUUACUGGGUGUCGUAGAUUGGUAGAGAUGCCAAGGCAAAUGAGUAAAUUGAAAAGUCUCCAAACGUUGACUGAUUACAUUGCCGGAAAAGAUAAUGCGACCAACAUAGGAGAGUUGAGGGAGCUUUCCGAUCUUCAAGGGCAACUUUGUCUUCAGAAUUUAGAGAAUGUUGCAAAAGCAAGUGAUGCAUCAGAUGCCAAGUUGGUGGACAAGAAGUAUCUUGAAGCACUGCGUUUGGACUGGAAAGGCGAUGAUAAAGAUCGAAAACAUGACAGAGAUGUACUCGACAACCUAUUACCUCAUACAAACUUGAAAAGGCUUACUAUCCAUGGAUAUGGAGGUACAUCAUUCCCAGAUUGGUUAGGGGGUCAUACAUUCUCCAAUAUAUGGUUUCUAAGACUUGAGA